AUGGACGAGUCUCGUCUAUUUAAACCUUUGAAGAUUGGCAAUAUCGAAGUCAAACAACGGGUUGGCAUGGCAGCAGUCAGCCGCUGUCGAGCUGAUGGCGAUCAUGUGCCAACAGAGCUCAUGAAACAGUAUUAUUGUCAACGAGCUUCAGUACCAGGCACCUUACUAAUUGCUGAGGCUAACCUGGUAUCAAAAGAACAAGACGAGCUGCUCAACGUGCCAGGUUUAUAUAGUGUACAACAGACGACGGCUUGGAAAUCAAUAGUCGACGAAGUCCACACCAAAGCAAGCUUCAUAUUUGCUCAGCUAUACACGAUAGGCCGUGCAGGUUACAGAGAAGUGAACGACGAAAAGGACUUCGAAUUCAGAGGCUCGAGCGCUAUUCCAUGGAGAGCUGAUGCCCGCACGCCAAAUGCGAUGACGCCGGCAGACAUCAAGGAAACCAUACGACAUUUUGUACGGGCUGCAAAGAAUGCGAUGGAAGCUGGCUUUGACGGCGUCGAAAUCCAUGGUGCAAAUGGCUAUCUCAUCGAUACUUUCAUUCAAGAUGUCAGCAACCAGCGUGAUGACGAAUAUGGCCGCAGUAUUGAGAAUCGAUCUCGUUUCACAUUCGAAGUUAUAAAAGCUGUUGCUCAUGCAAUUGGCGUUAAUCGAGUUGGACUUCGCCUAAGUCCGUGGAGCACAUAUCAAGGCAUGAGAAUGAAGGAUGAUGAUACGAUCUCGCAGUACACAGACCUGAUUAAGAAGGCGGACAAGUUAGGCAUUGCUUAUAUACAUCUAAUUGAGUCGCGCAUCGCUGGCUGGGAUGACGUUCCGGAGAACGGGCGAUUUGAUUUUGCAUACAGCAUUUUCAGGAGGGCAAUCCUUGUUUCUGGGGGCUAUACGGCCGAGUUGGCACGGAAGCUUGUCGACGAACAGCACCCAGACAAGGACAUUGCAGUCAUGUUUGGGAGAUAUUUUACAUCAAAUCCAGACCUCGUGUUCAAAGUACAACAGAAUCUGGAGUUUACCCCGUUCAACGAGGAGGACUUUAUUUAUUCCAAGUCGUCUAAAGGAUACACUGAUUAUCCUUUCAGUGAUGAGUACUUAGGAAGUCUUAAUGUUUUGACGCAGCUACUCUGCUGA